CCGGUCCAAUUGCAUAAAAGUUGGAGAAAUCAGAAAUGAGUACUGUGGCUAUAUUUCUGAUCUUUUUACUUUUGCUAUCAAGAUCAAAAGCAUCAAGCAACAUUGGUGUGAACUAUGGCCAACUUGGGAACAAUCUACCCUCUCCACAUCGGUCCAUUGAGUUGCUAACAACAAUGAAAGCUGGUCGUGUGAAAAUAUAUGAUGCCAACCCAGAGAUUUUGAGGCUUUUAUCAAAUACCAAGCUCAAAGUUUCCAUCAUGAUCCCAAACAAUGAGAUCUCAGGCAUUGCUGCAAACCAAAGCAUAGCUGAUGAAUGGGUGAGGAACAAUGUCCUACCCUACUACCCCAACACCAUGAUCCGCUACCUACUCAUGGGAAACGAAGUGCUGAGCUACAAUUCAGAGCAAGGCCACCAAAUGUGGCGCGAUCUUGUCCCGGCGAUGCGUAGCAUCGAGAGAUCCCUCAGAGCUCAGAACAUCAGAGACAUCAAAAUUGGUACCCCAUUAGCCAUGGAUGUGUUACAAUCAACAUUCCCACCAUCCAGCAGCGCGUUCAGAUCAGACAUAAGAGACAGCGUGAUGGUGCCAAUGCUGAAGUUCUUGGACCAAACCAAGUCCUUUUUCUUCAUUGAUGUAUAUCCCUAUUUCCCUUGGUCAAUGAACUCCUACAAUAUCAGCCUUGAAUUUGCUCUAUUCAGGGGAAAUUCCAGCAGAACAAGAGACCCUGGCAGUGGCUUGGUUUAUACCAACUUGUUGGACCAAAUGCUUGACUCACUCAUCUUCGCCAUGGCAAAACUCGGGUACCCUGACAUCAACCUCGUGAUAUCUGAAACCGGUUGGCCUAAUUCCGGUGACAGGGAAGAACUUGGAGCAAACACAAUCAAUGCAGCCACAUACAACCGCAACCUCAUUCAAAGAAUGACAACAAAACCACCAAUUGGAACCCCGGCUAGACCCGGGGUUGCAAUUCCAACAUUCAUCUUCUCACUGUUUGAUGAAAACCAAAAGCCUGGUCCUGGAACAGAGAGACACUGGGGCUUGCUACACCCUGAUGGAACCCCAAUUUAUGACAUUGACUUAACAGGAAAGCAACCCAUGAAAGAUUUUGCAGCAUUACCCGCUUCAAACAACAAUAAACCAUUCAAAGGAAAGAUGUUGGGUGUGGCUGCAAGGGAAGUAGAGGAAACCGACUUGAGUGAAAAUUGCACUUAAAAGAAAUUUAGGAUCGUUCAUCCAAAGAAAGGAUUAUUAGUUUAUAGACUAUAGGGUUUCUUAAUGUAAUAAAAAACAGUUGAGUGAAAUCCAAGUUUUUAUUAACUUCCCUUGACAGAGAAGC